AUGUCAGAGACCCAGCCUGAAGAAUAUGACGUCUACAACUGCACCAAAGACACCUGCCCAGCCAGCGAGUCAAUAUAUGGCUAUGCUCCAUCGUUAGGCGCCAAUGCCGCCUUCAUAGCAAUCUUCUCGGUCUCCGCCGUCAUCUUCACGAUCCAGGGAGUCCGUACCAAGACCCGAUCAUUCAGCAUUGCCAUGGUUCUCGGCUGCUUUUGUGAAGCACUGGGCCACGGUGGGCGGAUAAUGCUCCACUACGAUCCCUUUAGCGAGGUUGGGUUCAAGCUGCAGAUCUGUUUGCUCACAUUUGCACCGGCGUUUCUAGCCGCGGGUGUAUACCUAUGCUUGAAGCAUCUGGUAAUCACCUUCGGCGCCCACAUCUCGCGCAUCAAGCCGGCCUGGUAUACCUACAUCUUCAUAUCUUGCGACGUCCUCUCUCUCGCCUUACAAGGUGCAGGCGGCGGCCUGGCGUCAGCGGCCACAGGCCCGGGAAGUCUGAUGAACACCGGGAACAACCUCAUGAUGGCCGGUCUCUCGUUCCAGGUGUUCACCCUACUGGCAUUCGCUACGCUCGUCACUGAAUACUUCGUCCGGGUGUGGCGGCACCGAUACGAACUGAACCCACGGACGGAAGAACUCAGGAGGAGCAGGAAAUUUAGAUGGUUCUUGGGCGCGUUGGUGACUGCCUAUGUCGCGAUUCUCUUCAGGUGCAUCUACCGCAUUGCGGAGAUGGCUGGCGGUUGGGGAAACCCGAUCAUGAGGGACGAGACGACGUUUAUUGUUUUGGAUUCGCUGUAG